AGUUGCUUGCUUUUAUAAUUAAAGUUAAUCUCGAGGAUAGUCCCAUUCUUGCUAGCUAUGAUGUGGAUUACAAAAACUGUGGAACGUGAAUGAUGAUGGUGGAAACGCAUGGAUUAAAAGUUGGGAUAAAUAGUUCUACUGCGGUCAAGACAACUUUUAAGGUGUGGGCUGUCCUUCCGUCGUUCACUUUCCCCGCCUCCCUCUGCCACAUGUGGUGCAGGUGUAAAAGUUCACGAGAAAGAGAAAGAAAUAAGCAGGGAAUGAAUGACCAUUCGAUUUGUCAGUCACACAUGAAAUAAGUAAGCUGAUGAUGUUGUGACAGUGAAUGUAGGCAUCUACGGAAGGAGAGGGCGAAGUCGACAGGAGUGAGGAUCACACAUUGACUUGAGAACUUCAAUCGCACCCUCCAGCCCAUGCGUGCUCUCUGUUUUGCUCUCUGUUUUCCUGCUGGCCCAUAUUGUCGGUUUCUCCUCAAAGACUGAUAAGACUGAAAGGACAGCCAUGGAUCUCGAUGUCAUCACAGACAACAUGUCCAUAGCGCUGUACACCGUCACAGUCAUGGUGGGCACCGUGGGCAACAGUCUGGUCCUCUGGGUGGCGGGAUUUGUCCUCCCUUCCAAAAUCACCAAUGUGUGGAUCGCCAACCUGGCCGUGUCCAACCUCAUAUUCUGUCUGACGCGGGCCAUGCCGCUGAUCAAGAGGAUCUUCUUUGACCACUGGCCAUUUGGCGUGUUCCUCUGCAAGUUCACCGGCUUCUUCAAGUACACCAACAUGUUCUGCAGUGCCUUCAUGCUAGUGGUCAUCUGCGUGGACCGGACGUUGAUCGUGCGUCGGCCCCUGUUCACCAAGCAGCACCGGACACUAUUGGCUGCGCGGGUCGUCAGCCUGGUGGUGUGGGUGGCCGCGUCCAUCAUGAGCGCUCCGUACUUCUUCUAUCGGGACGUGCAGCAGGGGAAGAAUAACCUCAGCAAAUGCAGCAUAGAGGUGAAGGGUGCCGAGGAUGACAACCGGGCCGAGAUGGGCCUGUACUCGAUCCGCUUCCUGUGCGCGUUCCUGCUGCCCUUCCUGGUCUGCUCCGUCCUCUGCACCUACCUGGACAAGAUCCGCAAGGUGCGCGUGCGCCAGCACAACCCCAGCGGCUCGCCAUUCAUCAAGAUCCUCAUCGCCAUGGUCUUCACCUUCUUCAUGUGCUGGAUGCCCUACCACUGCCUCCUGCUGGUCAAGAUGACCGACGGCAAGACGCCCGAGGUCAAGGUCGGUCUGACCCUGUCCAAGGGCAUCGCGUACUUCAGCAGCUGCAUCAACCCCAUCUUUUACAUCGGCAUGGGCCUGGACGUCAAGCAGAUGAUCUCUGGCGCCGCCUACAGGCCUGCCGCUCCAGCUCCGUCCGAGGAUGAGGACGAGGAGGCAGGGCACAUGACACAGAUGCAGGUGCACAGAGAUGGGGAGCUCAGGGACCGCUCAGGUACCUCAUCAUCCAAUCACACAGAGGCACAGGUACAUGGGAAUUCAUCAACCGUUGUGACUCCUGACGCUUGAUUGGAUGCAGCCGCAUUGACUUUUUUUUUUUUUUUACUAAAUGCUGUAUGUGCCUGAACUACCCUGUACCCAUAUACACUUUUUAUCUUCUGAAAUAUUUGUAUUGUUUCUGUUUUCUUUUUAGUUAAGCACAUUGUUAAGUGCAGAGGUUGAAUUUCUUUCGGUCUCUUUCUGACCUGUCCCCUCAGUUAAGCCAGGUGUUGCGAUGACAAUGUCUGCUUGUCUUGUGAGUUUGUCCAUCUGCAGUGUUUCGGGUCGCCUGCAGGUGGCGGCAAACAUCAAAAUCGUGUGCAUCUAGUACUGGGCAAGGGGCCAGUUUGCUAUCUAUGUUUGCUCUUGCUGUUUAUGCACUACACAAAUGAGCAUGCCUUUCUUUGCUCUCCCUUCCUGGGUGUCGACAGAAACGCUUUGACUGUAUUUCAUCUACUGUUCUUUUACCCAAUAAGGUUAUAGGUCAUCAUACCUUACUGUGUAAGAUAUGAAGGAUACUCCUACAUAAUUCAAUGAUAUUGAUCCAUUGCUGAUUGCUAGGGUUGUCUAUGGAUUGUCUCCUGAGCCUUUUCUGAUGACCCCAAAUCAUCUUAACUUAUCUGGUACUCUGCUGGGUAUAAUUUGUCCGUCUUUUCCUUUUUUUCUGUGAUGUGGAAUUAAAAUGUGUGUAUUUUAAUGAAUUAUAUUAUCCAUCUCAUUUUAGAAAAAUCUGCGGUCAGCAUUAACAGUUUUGAUAAUGACACAAUCUGUAAACCACUAAAAUAUAGGAACUUUAUAAUGUAUAGGCAAAUAAUGUGAAAUGUGUACUCAAGGAAUUCAACAUUGGCAUGUAGCAGGCUUCCCUCAGGGCUUCUUGA